ACACAUACAAGACCAAUUAGAAAAACCAAGUGUCAUAUCAAUAGGAAAAGCAAGCAGCGUAGAAAAAAUAAAUUUCAGGCCAAAUUUUAUUAAAAAUUUCCUGAGCAAAAAUCUGCAAAAAAGUAUUAAAAUAUAAAGAAAUUUGUAAGUGUGGAUUGGGUCGCCUUAUAUAGAGUAAAUAGCGAAUAAAAUUGUAAAAUACCGCUCGAUAAACGGAAGCGAGGGCAGGCACGUUCGAACGGAGCCGUAUUGAAAGUUUCGCUUUUUUACCGACGACGAAGUUCGAGUCGACGACGUUUCUCCCAGAAAAAGUGAAUUCUGAGGAAUACGAGGAAGUUUUGAAAGCUCAAGGGGUUGGGUUUCAAUUGGAAUUGCCAAGAAAACUUGGUGAAAAUUUUGGUUGAAACUGACCAAGAUAGCGGCAAAUUGUUAACUUGCGCAAAAGAGUCCUACAUAUUUGUGGAAGUCGGGUGCAGCGGCACAACGAAGACGAACCAAAAAAAUUGGGCGAAAACUUUGCAUUGAUGGUAAUGCAUGCUAGAAAACCACAACGUGUGAACGAUGGAACUAAUGAUGGACAUCUGACUCCGGGAAUUUCUAAUUGUACAUGGUUGAAGAAUACAUAUAUGUAUCUGUUCUGCCACUGCUGUUGCUGUUACUUCUACAACUGCUGCACCUCUCCAUCAAAAAUCGGCGUUGACGUUGCCAGUGCUUAGCUUUAGUCUUUGCUACAUAUUUCCUCAUAUGCGCUACUUUGAGAAGCAUCAGUCGCAUUCGUAUCAGAGUUCCAAGUAUAGUUCAAAACGCGAUUAUGAACGCGAUCGGUCAUCUAACUAUCGCGAUCGCGAUCUGUCACCAGCUGUUGGUACUGCGUUGAACAAUGUUUCGCAAAGACUAUCGCAAACUGCUAUGAAUAAUGGUAAUAGCGCAUCGUAUCGUUCACAAUCUCCUGAAAUAGAUUCGCCAUCGUCAAGAGGACACGGUUCGCACGAUAUACGCGAUCGCGAUCAUCGCGGCAGUGACCGUUUCAGUUAUAUGCAGAAAAUGAGGGAUCGAGAUCGCGAUGUCUACAAAAAGGAGAAAUAUUCAACAGAUAAACGCGACAGACGCGGUGGUGGCAGUGGUGGUGGUAAUGAUCGUGAUUCUGAAUCACAUCGCACCAAUCAUGACAGGCUGGAUCGGCGCGGCGGUGGCAGUGGUGGGGGAAGCGGAGCAAAACUUUGUUCUUCCAGUAGUGGGGACAAACGUUCUGGAUCGACAGAUCGUGAUCGAGAUCGUGACCGUGAUCGCGGAGAUUUGAGAGAUAGCAAACGUGAUCGUGGCUCUGAACGUGAUCGUGAUAGAGAACGCGAUCGCGAUAGAGAUCGUGAUAGAGAUCGAAGUGAUCGCGGUGGUGGUGGCGGCGGUGGCGAUCGUGAACGUGAUCGUGGAGGUGGUGGAGGAGGCAGUGGUGGCGGUGAACGUAGUGAUCGGGGGGAACGUGUGGCUCGUUGUGGCGAUUGGAGUGAGCAUGUCAGUUCAUCGGGAAAAAUGUAUUAUUAUAAUUGCAAAACUGAAGUUUCACAAUGGGAAAAACCAAAGGAAUGGAUGGAACGAGAACGAACUCUGGCACGUGAUCAGCAUAGAGAAAAGGAUUACCGGGACAAAGAUCGUGACAGAGAUCGUGACGAUCGCUUUUGCAGAUCUGCUUACGCGAAACAUUCCAGUUCACGGGGAAAUUCACGACUGAGGUGGAAUUAUGAAAAUGAUACAGGACCGCCAAGCCAUCGAAGACGUUUGGAUGGUCGCAUCGCCGAAAACCCUGACAUGGACAUUAGUCCAGGUGACUCCACGCCAACGUCGGAGGCUAACUACCCGCUAACCGGUGCGGCUUCAGUUCAUGGUCUGGUGAAUGCGCAGCAUAAUGACCUAUCAUCAAUUCCAACAUCUACUGUAGGCCUGCCGAAUGCAUUACCACGUCUAGCAUCGCAUCCCAAUGCCAGUACUGUUAUGUCAUCCUCCUCCUCCGCGUCCGCUUCUGCUGCAGCGGCCAAUGCAGCAGCUGCAUCAAUGCAUUUUUCCGCGUCAUCUGCGUCGGGGCAUGGCACAGGCGUUGUAGUGGGCGGAGCAACAAUGUUGCCUGCCACCGGGCUCGCCUCCGUGCCAUCGAGUGCGGGCGUACCAGUGAUGGUUGCAGGUGUUUUACAGACACAAAACAGUAGUAAUCAUCGAAAAAUGGAUCCAGUGGCAAUGCUGCAACAGCAGGCGCAUCUAGCGUCGACUACAUCGCCAAAUUCAACGUUAACGAAUCAGGUGGAUCAUCACAUGAAUUCAAAUGCUCCCGGGCCGCCAAAGUUGGGCACAAAGGAGCAACAGGAAAUGAUGUUGAAUUCGCAACAGAAGGCGGCAUUGUUAAUGCGGCAACAGCAACAGCAUCAACAGGCGGCGUUGCAUCAUCAUCAUACACUGUCACAACAUGGCGUUAGUGGCAACGAGGCGGUACAUAUGAUGUGCAAUGCCGGCACUUCCAUUGAUGGCACCAAUCACGCGCUGAAUACGACCUCAUCAGCGGUGAUAGUACUGAGGGAUAAUUCAGUGAACUCGCCACACUACAAUCUAGGUCAUUCACAUGGCAUGUCGCCGAUGGGCUACAAUACAAAAAGUCCUAUAACUAGUGUUGGUGGCAGCGGCGGUGUUGUUCCUGUAUCCGGUCACAACAAUAAUGUGGGCGGGGGCAGCGGCGUUAAUAUGGGUGCCGGCUUAAAUGCUGGUGCAUACGCCGUCUGUAACACACCGUACGGUUUAAAGACUGUCGAGGGCAACAGUGGCAAUGUCAUGAAUUCGAUUGGCAGCAACAACAACAGUGGCCUCUGUACCUCAUCUAGUUUAGUGAAUGUCAGCGUAAAUGCUGGCGGUAGUGGAGUUAUUGGUAUUCUGCCUGGUGAGGGACCGCCGACGCCUACACAAGAAAUGGACCUAAAUGUCGCUGCGAUGGAACAGCAACAGAGAAAGAUGGAAAAUACUUCAUCCGCGUCGUUGAGCACAUUGCAGAGUUGUGUGGCGUCAUCUGUGCAGGCGGGCCGUUCACAAGGCCCAGAAAUUUCACCGAAAUUAGCAAAGUAUUUUAGGGCUGAUUUAAUUACACAUGUCACCAAUUGGCAAGCAGAUAUUUUGGAGAAACAGGCGCAAAAAUGUUCUGAAGAAACACAUUUGUACGGAGAUUUACAGUGUACCAAAGUGUCGGCAGAGUUGAAAUGUGCUAGAAGCUUAGUUAGAAUAACUGAAAUCAACGCAACACUACAAGAACAAAAAAUAAUGUAUCUUCGCCAGCAAAUUCGUCGAAUAGAAGAAUCAAAAUCACAAAACUCAUUUAUGUCUGACGAUCUUUAGCCAAUAUCAAAUUUGUAUUAAGAAGAGGAAUUAUUGCUAAAAUUCACAUAACCACAUUCAUAUGGAGGAAUUCUCAUCCAUGCAGCCACGCUCCCAUACGAUAAACAAGAAUAAACAAAUACAAAAAACAAAAAAAAAAACAACAA